AUGCACUGUACGUACAUUCGUUACCAUGCCCCUAAGUUAUCGAAUCGCGUCGACCUUGUGUCAACCUCGCAGGGGCAGUGCCCGGGAGCGGCAACGUCCAACUUUCUGCUUAUCGAUCGGCGCACCCAAUUUGCCAAGAUCUUCAGCCCGGAGGAGGCGCGCCUCCUUGUGAUCUACCUCCGCUCUCUGAAGAGUGCCUCGGAAGAUGGGUUGAUGGUAGCGGACCCUCGACCUGCUUCGACCAUACUGGAGGCCUUCCAGCAGGCGAAGAGCUUCAUGAAUCCCCCGACCUUCUACAGCAUUUGCACCUCCCACUGGAAACACGAAGGCCCAAAGUACAGCAUCCACUUGGGAGAGAGCUGCGGCGGCGGCUGGAACCAGGUGAAAGGCGGCCUUUGGCGUGCCUACGCCACCCCGAAACCUGGGACAAAGGCUGUCUCCUGGUGCGACAACGAGAAGCAUUGGACUCAGAUCUUUGUGAAAGGCACAAGCUGCCCCACCUCCUGGCAAGGGCUGAAAUGGCUACACGGAG